AUGGACUCCUCGCACAAGAAACUUCUGGCGACAACAAUCGACGAGUUUGCUAGAAAGACUCCCGAUGACCGAUUUGCAGUUAUCCCGCAAGGAUCAGAACUUAGCCAUGGAUUCCAAACCCUUUUGAUGAAGGACAUGGCUCAGGCAGUUAAUUAUAUGUCCUGGUGGAUCGAGAGCACAGUUGGACCAGCGCAGAACCGGGAAACCCUGGCCUACCUGGGCUGCAACGAUAUACGCUACUUCAUUUUCAUGCUGGCUUGUCAAAAGACCGGUUACCAGGUGAGAGAAAGCACUGGGCUUGAGAUUUUAUUAGAGAUGCAUACUGACCUCGAAUUCUCACAGGCUUUCCUGCCUUCAACCAGAAACUCCGACGAAGCCCAUGUCCACCUAUUGAAAGCAACAACUUGUUCCAAGUUCUUUUUCACCGAGGAGCGCCGCACACGAAUCUUGGAGAUCAAAGCAUUGUGCUCCUCAUUGGAUAUCUUCUCAGUGCCGGCCAUAAAGACAAUGCUCGAAGACAAGUCCGGCCUUCGCCACUAUGCUUAUACCAAGUCUUAUGCCGACGCUGAAGAUGACACCAUCCUGAUCAUUCAUAGUUCAGGAACUACAGGCAUGCCAAAGCCGGUGUAUCUUACCAACGGCUUUUUCAUGACCCUUAGUGCCAGUGCCUACCUUCCAUUGCCGCCAGGCCGUCUGCCGGGUAUUUACUACCAUCUUGGCCAGAAAGACCUAGUCCUGGCAACGACACCUCUAUUCCAUCUCAUGGGAAUAAUGCCUCUUGUGUUCUCAGUGUGGUUCCGUGUUCCCACCCUUCUGGGCCCUGAAAAGCCACCCUCUGUCGACUUCAUGAUAGAACUACUUGAAACCGCCCGCCCGACCCAUGCAAUCUGCGCGCCAUCCGUCCUAGAAGAUAUGAGCAACUCCAACGAGGCCUUGCAUUGCUUGGAGAAACUUGAUCGCGUCUUGUUCGGAGGAGCACCUCUGUCCCCCGAAGCAGGUGACCGACUACAAGAACACACCCAAGUCGUGUCUGUGAUUGGCACCAGUGAAGUCGGUUGGAUCCCGACCCUGAUCCCCGAAGACCCAGCCAAUUGGGGUUACUUUGAAUGGAGUGAAGCCUACGGUAUCGACAUGCAAAAUGUCGGGGAGGGGGUGUUCGAGAUGGUCAUUCCGCGACAGGAGAAUGCCCGUGACUUCAAGGGCAUAUAUCACACAUUCUCCGAUAUCAACGAGUAUCAUACCCAGGAUCUAUACACCCAACACCCGACGAAUCCACACCUGUGGAAGUACUAUGGGCGCAAAGAUGAUGUUAUUGUCCUGAGCAACGGCGAGAAGUUCAAUCCUAUCAAUAUGGAGACCAUCAUUGCAGGUCACCCGCUCGUCGGAAAAGCAGUGGUGGUCGGACAGGCCCGGUUCCAGGCUGGACUGCUUAUCGAGCCGGACCACGGAGUCGCCGAUAUGGACACUAAGGUCUUCAUUGAUGAGAUUUGGCCAACCAUCCAAGUGGCUAACCAGGGAAUCGCUGCCCAUGGUCGCAUCAUGAAGGACAAGAUCGGGUUCGCUGUGAAGGACAAGCCUUUCAAGAGGACUCCCAAAGGAAGUGUGCAGCGCCGCGCAGUGCUUCGAGACUAUGCGGAUGAGAUCGAUGCCCUUUAUGCUGGCGGCUCGGAAGAUGAUCUGGAUCAGCUUGUGCCUGAGACACUGGACGCAGAGAGUGUUCCUGCGUUCACUCGCGAGGUUGUUGCCCGGGCUCUGGAACGCUCUGAUUUCUCCAACACCGAGACCUUCGACAGUGCCGGUCUUGACUCGCUGAUGACCAUCCGGGUAUCUCAGUUGCUGCAACGCGGUGUUCAGAUGCGCCGCCCGGAUCUGAAAGCGAAUGCCAUCAGCCCACAGGCGAUCUAUAGAAACCCAACUGUAGACCGACUGUCUCAAUUUGUGGUGGCCCUCCUGGAAGGAAAGUCCCAGGUCGAGGUACCGCGAGAAGAGAAGAUCCAGAAGCUGGUGGAAAAGUAUACGUCUGACCUUCCAGUCCGGGAAUCACACCAUCAACAUGAACUACCUGUGCCUACAACCGUGAUUCUGACCGGCUCGACCGGUUCACUGGGAAAUUAUCUACUGCAUUCUCUGCUGAACGAUAACAAAGUGUCGAAAGUCUACUGUCUCAACCGCUCAGACGCCGAGUCCCGACAAAAGCAAGGCUUCCAAGACAAGGGCUUGCAUCUCACCGCAAGCGACUGGCAAGAGCGUGUUGAGUUCCUACAGGCCUCAUUCGGAGCCCCGAACUUCGGUCUCGAAGAGACCAAAUACCAGGAACUUCUCGACUCAGUCGACACAAUCAUCCACAACGCCUGGAAGGUCGAUUUCAACCACACCGUCGACUCCUUCGAAGAUACCCACAUCCAAGGCGUCCGUCGUUUCGUGGACUUCAGUCUGGACAGUCGCUACAAUGCCCACAUCCACUUCGUCUCCUCCGUCAGUACAGUGGGCAGCUGGACACCCGACAUGGGCGCAUCAGUCCCGGAAGUACCCAUGGAAGACAGCGCCGUGGUCCUCCCGCAAGGAUACGGCGAGUCCAAGCACGUCGCAGAGCGCAUUUGUCUCGAAGCGUCGCGCCGAUCCCAAGUUCCCACCACGGUCUACCGCGUCGGCCAAAUCGCAGGACCCAAGAGCGCAAGCGGACAAUGGAAUCCUCACGAAUGGCUCCCGACCAUCAUCUCGACAUCCAAAGCCCUAGGAAAAAUCCCUAAUCGUCUCGGCUCAAUGCCCGUAGACUGGGUACCUGUCGAUACCUUAUCUGAAGUGAUAGUGGAGAUUGUACACACACGUCAUCGGGGCACCUCGCCAGCCGUGUUUCACCUGACGAAUCCGGAGGUCGCGCCGUGGUUAUCGUUGAUCCCGCCCAUCCAGGCGGCGUUCAGGGUCGAGCCAGUGGAUUAUUCCGCGUGGGUUGCCGAGCUUGAACGGUUCGAGAAUCCCAGCGCCGAGGAAAUCGCUGCCAUGCCGGCGCUUAAGUUGUUGCCAUUUUACCGGGGGUUGCAGGAUGAGGGGAGUGCUAUGUCUGUGCCGCUGGAUGUCAGCUGGGCGCAAGUGGCAAGUCAGACUAUGAGAACGUUGGGCCCGGUGUCUGCCGACAUGAUGCAGAAUUGGUUGAAGCAGUGGCGGUUUUGA